UCUCAGCAUAGGACGGUGGGCUUGAUAACACCGCGAAGAACAAGACGAGACAUUUACCACCGAAAAUAAAACAUCAGCCUCAAUUUCAGCAUAAAUUCAAGCUCUACAUGCUUCGAGUCCGGAUUAAUGCGGGUGGAUUUAGCCGUCGUAAGAAGAAAAGCAGCUCACUUUUGGUGAAAAAUAAACAGGAAGUUGUUAGCGUUGUGGGACGUGUAGUUCCGCUUGUAGGCCACUGAGCUUCAUUACAACGCAUAGAAUAAAGAAACAACAAUUAAAUAAGCUAAACUUCACCCCGAGGACCGUGCUUUAAAGCCUCGGUGUUGAAGCAAACAUGCCCGGUUUUACGUGCUGUGUACCCGGCUGCUACAACAACUCGCACCGGGACCGGGACCUGCGCUUCUACACGUUUCCCAAAGACAGCACGCUGAGGGAGCUGUGGCUGAGGAACAUCUCCCGGGCCGGGGUCAGCGGCUGCUUCAGCACCUUCCAGCCCACCACCGGGCACCGGGUCUGCAGCGUGCACUUCGCCGGCGGGAGGAAGACCUACACCAUCAGAGUGCCGUCCCUCUUCCCUCUGCGGGGGGUCAAUGAGCGCAGGAGCCGGCGGGGCAGAAGCAAGAAAGUGUCAGCAGCGGCGGUUCCUGCCCCCGGUGCCGCAGCCACCUCCGGGAUCGUGAUCACUACUGUGCUAGGCAGCACGGCGGCGGAGGGAGCCGAGGGCACCACUGGAGGAGAGGCUAGCGAUGACAGCAGCAUCACCGUGGUGCAGAUAGGGCAAAACGGGGAGUACCUGGGCACGGCGCGCCUCCCUGCACAGACAGAGGGGACUUGUUACACAGAGCCGAUCAGCGAGGAGUUCAUCGGAGACGACUUGUCGGAAACCGGUUCGGCCGGGCAUCAGGCGGUCGUGCAGUACGUGAGUGUGACCAGCAGCCCGCUGGACCACUCGUACUCGCUGACCACUGGCACCACGUCGGCCGAGCUGCUGCGGAAGCUGAACGAGCAGCGGGACAUCAUCGCUCUGAUGGAGGUGAAGAUGAAGGAGAUGAAGGCGACCAUCCGCCAGCUGCGGGUCGCCGAGGCCAAGCUGCAGGAGGAGGUGCGUGAGCGGGACCGACUGCUCUACGGAAACUCGGUGGCUUUAAGUGUCCGCAAGAAAAUCUGAUGGGUGCAUAUCACCGGAAAGGUCCCGUUACAGAGACUGACUAACGGAGAUUACACCGAUCCAGCCCUAUUUUGUAUAAAACUACGAGCGAUGACAAUUUAUUUUCAAGAAGUAGAGCUAACUUUUCGUAGGCCUGUGUUGAAAAGUUGGCUGGCUAGUUCAUGUAGCUUGUAUUAAUAACACCAUUGUUAAUAACUUGUUGCAACAUGCACAGCCCAUUAUUGGCCUGUUCCCAACAAGGGUAAACAUGACACAUUUUAUUAAUUCAAACAAGAAUCAUGUGCACAGGGGCUGAUGAGGAAGAUGCUCAUAACUGCCUAGUUACAUUGAACAUUUUUCCUUUAAAAAGUUAUCUCAUUUCUUUACUUGAGAAUUUGAAUAAGGAGCUUGUAGCAAGAAACAUCUAGUAGAUUUGCAGAGGUAAACUAUGCCAAGAUUGCGCAGACAAUUUGUAUACCAAACACUAUUCUUGGCACACUUAAGUGUUAAUCAAUGAAGUACAGCUCUACCAUAAAUCUCUCUGAGUUGCCUUUCAAGAUGACUUAAGAUGUUAUACCUUGCUAUGUGUUGCUACAAAGACAUUUGAUCAUCAAGGAAGAUACCUAAAUGAUUUCUUUAAAACUCGAAGGCACCCGAACAAUGUAAUCUUAGUAAAUGAUGUUUGUUGAAGACAUGCAUUAAGUUACAUUUGCUCAACCUUCUGGUUUUUAGGAAGUGAAGUACAAAGACAAACAUUUUCUCUACAUACUGUAUGCAACUUGGACAUGUUUAUGUCAGCGCCCAAGGUUAUUCUGUGAAGCUGCUCAUGCUUAUUUCAGUGUGAUUCACGUGUGUGAUGUUUGAUGAAGGAGUUUAGUGGCUGCAUUUCUUUGUCCUUUCAUAAGUGUAUUACGCACAGGAUGUUACGUACAUUUCAAAUGUUUGAACUUAGUUCACAGCUAUAUGCUCUGCUCUUAUUUUGAAGUAAAUUUCAUUUGGAAAAAUG